AUGGAAGCUCCUUCGUUUAUGCUUAGUUUGGUGCGACCAGAAGAACGGGAAAAGGAUGCUGUUACAGCCAAACAGUACCUCAGUCUUGAUCCGGUGCAUUGUAGGAGCAAAAAGAAGGUGCUACGAACGAAGCCAAAAAAGAAACUUUCACGCAAAGAAAUCAAAGAAUUGGGACUCUACACUUUACCACCCGAUACGGUAAAGUACGCAGAUGCGUUAAAGCUGCACCGGAUGUGGUGUGGAUAUUAUCAGACAAUUUUCCCUUCUGAAUUGCCAGACGUGACCGAGGCUCGAUACAAUACGGCUGUAGCUAGCUUGCUAAAGGCCGAUUAUCAUGGAGCGAAAAUUCAAAUCAUCCGCUCGAAACAGUCCAGCGUGGUAGGCAUGAAAGGAAUCGUUGUGCUCGAUACGAAAGGAACCUUCAAGAUGGUGUCGAAGGAUGAUAAAUUGCGAACAAUACCCAAAAACGAUUCCCAGUUUGAAGUGAUCUGCAAAGAUCAGAUAGUGACCAUUUUCGGCAAACAUCUAAAUGCUCGGCCUGCGGAACGAUCGGUUAAGAAAGCUAAAACGUUUGCUUUUCCGGAUUUAUAA